AUGAUCACAGAAGGGAUUGUUGUUCGAAUAAUCAGGCAUUUACUUGGAGACUAUAUUGAUGGACUUGGAGCUAAUCAAUUGAAAAUCAGUUUCAUGAAUUGGAGUGCGAAGUUGACGAAUCUGCGAGUCAGAGGAGACGCAUUUUAUUCGUUCAAUUUACCUAUUAAAAUCAACAAAGGAGAGGUGGGAGAAGUCUCCAUAGUAGUGAACAGUCUUUCACCGUUUCAUUUGAUGGUCAACGUGGAUCAAGUCAAAGUCUCGUGUGGCCCCCAACGCAUUUUUGUGAAUGAAAAGGCUGAUGUUAGUAUUCAAAGGCUUAAGGAGAAGUAUCUCAAGAAAUACAAAGAAAAUGAAAACUCCGAUGUGAUGAGUGGAGUCGAGUUAUUCAUAUCGAAUAUCGAUUUUGAGUACGUUGACAAUGGUAAUGUCAUUAUGCUGAAAUUCGAGAAAAUUAUUAUGAAAAAUGGUCUUCUAGUGAUAGUGAACACAUCACUGCUUCAUAGAAACAGGGAAAUGAAAAAACCAACGUUGUUGUUUACUGUUCCAAACGUCUCCGUGAAACUCUCAACAAUGGCGGUUGCUAUACCACAAGUCGACGUCACAUUCACACGACUAGGGUACUUGGCCCUAAUGCGGAUGUUAUCACACUUUGGGCAUUAUUCACAACAAAUCAAAUACUUGGGGAUUCGGCCGAUCUCUUCCCCCAAGCAGGAGCCAAAGAAGUGGUGGAAAUUUGCGUUUGAAGCGACGCGAAUAAAGUAUACCCACACACUGUUCAGGAAGAACCUUGUCGACAAAAUCAAAAAUCGGUACGUCUCGAAUUACGUGGACAUCUUGAUGGGGCGUCCCAUCAAACCUGAACAAACGAAAACAAUGGAAGUCAUCGAAGAAAGACUGACAUCUAAAGAAAUAGCUUAUUUAAGAAAGUUAGCAACGCUGAGAUUGAAUGCAGAAGAGGAGUUGAAUAAGAGUUCUUCAUUCUUAGACGCGUUUAGAAACCGGGUGUCACUCAAACCCGAAGAACUCGAAGUGUUGUAUAACACAGUUGAUCCCGAAUUGUUAGGGAAAAAAGAUGGGAAAGGUGAGAUGUCGGGGAGAGUCACUGAGCUCAAUUUUUCGUUUGAUGGAAUUGGAAGGACCAAAGUCGAGAGUGUGAUGUGGAGAGGAAAUGUACGGGAAGGACUUUUUAAAAUUCGGAGCGAAAUUAAAAACGUUGUGAUAAUGAAUGAGAAAAUUGAGAGUGUCAAAUUUGACUUCAAGUUUGAUCCAAACUGUGAGACGGAUAUUCUGAUGGUGCUCAAAGCAAGUAAAAUCGGGCUGCGUGUUGAGAACAACGAUUUGAAGAAUUGCAUCAAUUUGUUGAAAAUCGACAAGGAAGACUUGAUGAAUAUCAUCGACUUCCAAACAAUGCAAAUGAACGAGGUGUUGGAAUGGAUUAUACCUGAAAACGUCUACGAGAAAAGACCACCAAAUGUGGGUAUAGAAAUCGAGACGGAUGACAUCUCAUUUUCUGUGUUAGUUGAUACCAACGAGAUUAAAGUCUCCACUGCUCCAAUCAAAGUCUCAAGUGUGAAAAAUGAAAUUUCUGUUCCAUUCAAUCUGCGAAUCUCCGACGGGGCGUUUCAGAAUAAAAUUGAGGGAAAUACAACAAUCGAAAUCGCCGAAAAUUACGACGACGCGCUUGCGAAGAUGUACGUCAAAAUGUUACCAGUCAAAGUGAGUAUGGGAAUGGAUACCAUAAAGAAUGUACUUCAGUUGUUGGAUGGAUUUUUUAACACCAAUGACACAACCGUAAUUGAAAACGAUGCGUUUGACGAAGACGAAGAAAUUAUUUUUGAUGAAGCCGAAAACGAGAAACAAGUCAUUUGCCGACCCGAUAGGGCGUUCAGCAAGAAUGAUUUACACAAAGUUCAAGUGACCAAAUUAGUGACAGGAGGGAAACGGGUGUUUGAAUGUAUUGUCGAGCUUCAGAACUUUGAGUUGGAACUAUAUGAUGGGAAUAACGAAAGUUUACUGAGGACGACUCUGCAUCAGAUUGGAGUCACUUUUGUCUUAUUCCAACACUACACCUUAUUGCAAAUAAGUCUUGACACCAUCAAAGGGUUUCAUGGAGAACAUAACAUUCUGAAGACAAGCGAGAAAUUUUUAAGUGUUCAAAUGAUCGUUUCUAAAAACGAGGAGUUGGUCAGUGGACUUGAAAAUGAAAUUAAAAUUGGCGACGUGUAUUUCGAUCUACCAGCAACGUUUUUAUGUCAAGUUGUGUCGUUCUGUUUGGAAGUCUCGGCGUUGUCUUUGUUGAAGUUCCCACUCAAAUUUUCUAACUUAAAAAAUGCGAAGAAAGCAGCGGAAUUUUUUUCGGUGAAUAAGGUAAAUAUCCAAAGCCUUAAUUUGAAGUACUGUGAGUUGUCUGCAGCAGUUAAAAAUGUGUCUGUUGAUUUCAAAAUUGAUCAAUUUGUUGAGUGCAGCUUUGGGAUCGAAAGUAUUAACGUCAAUGAAUGUAUUGUGCCGAAUGGAACCAAAUUUCUAUAUAUUUCAAUGCAACAAAAUGAAGAGGUUACCUACUUGUCUGUCUUGUCGGAACCUUUCACGUUUACACUACGACCGGAUUUCAUUGGGAAAGUGCUCGAUGGGAUCAACGAACCGGAUUUGUGGAAUAUUGACUUUCAAAGACUCAUUGGAAAUCUCCCCAAAAUUGAAAUCCCAAAGAACAUCAAAGCAAAGAAGACUCUUGUUGAAGCCAAAAUUGGAGCACCGACGUUUGUUAUUGAAAAUGAAGGGAAGGUUGUGUGUAUGUUUGACUCGAUUGAAUCUACACCCAUUUUCGAAAAUACACUUAAACAUAUUGUACAGCUGAAAAAUGCGAAGAUACACACCAAUUUCUCGGAUAUUUUGAACAUCGAGAAUAUCACACUUUCUGUUGAAAACAAUGAUGACAACGACUUUAAUUUUGUUGAAUUGUCAUCGAGCCCAAUACUGAGUUCAAUAAACAGCGUGGAGUUUGGGGUACUCACACAGAUCGCGACCAAUUUUAUGCAGCAACUUGGUGUUGAGAAGGUCACAAAGAUCAAAGAGCGAAUUGCGAAUUUUGUUUCACAAUUCGAUUUGAAUACAUUGACACAAAAGAAGACAAAAACCAAAGUUUUCAUCCCCAAAGUGUUGUUAGAAAUUUAUGAUCCAAAUCCGCUUGUCUCUGUAUUGUUUGAAGAAUUCAAUUUAAACACAGAACCACAAUUGAAAUGCUCGUUACAAAAAUGUUUGGUAAAAGACCUGACACAACACAGCAAACUAUUCACCUCGGUUGUCAAUUCUACAGGAACGUUUUUUGAAUUGGAACAAAUUGGAAGCGAAUUAAACAUUAAUUUCUCACAAAUGAAUGUCUACAUAUUUCCAAAAUUCGUUGUUUCUGUUGUUAAAACUAUAAUGAAAAUACUGCCGACUAUUCCGCACAAAGAAAUUGAACAGAUCAAAAGCGAAUUUCACUUCUUUUCUUCGCCAAAUUCAUCAGUCACGCAAUCGGAAACACCACACGAAAUUGGCACACCUGUUCCACAAAGUACGUCACAGUCUAUGGUGUCUCUUAAAGUUGUUGAUAUUGUAUAUUUAUUCACAGGCAUCGAGAGAAACUCGAUACAAUCAUCAGAGUGUUCUGAAGACUCCCUCACCGAAUUCACCAACGAAGACAUUCAAGUGAUUCGCAAGAGGUUGGUGUCCGGACUUGUCCUUGAAAUCCCUAAAAUAAAGGCAACGCGUAUUGUCGAGAAAAUUGGCUUGAGCUAUGGGAUGAACGAAACACAGAUAAUUUUCAUCAUCGACUAUUUAAUCCGAGAAAAGAUAUUAUCAUCGGACACUGUUUUGUAUAGAAACACUUCCAUGUAUUCACUGCAAUACAUCCAACAACGGGAUAAAGACAAACGAAUACAGGUACCAUUAUUUUCUGAGGCCGCGAAAGUUGAAAUUGUCACAAAAAACGUUUUGUUGAACAUUCCCCUUCGAGUUGGUGUCGUCGUUGAAGAUACUGAAACAUCCCCAUUUCUGUUGGCGGAAACGAAUAUUAACAUUGUUCUCGCAAACUCGGUGGUGUGCAACGUUUCAUGUGAUAUGUUUACUGGAUGUGCUAAAAAUGGGGAAAUUGUGGACGCGGACAAAAUGCCAAUAGUCUCUGGGUGUAAUCUUUCGUGCAAUUUGCAGUCACUUGUGAGUGGUAAAGUGCUUGCAAAAUUUGGAGACUUUGUACUGUCGCUUGGUGAUAUUUUCUUGGUCAAAAGAGUUGUCGAGGAACUGACCACCAUUAAAGAUGUUGUGGGUGUCGAGUUAGACAUCCCUGUAAAAGAAGAAAUUUUACCACUCAACAUCUCUGUUGUUGUUUCUCCUUCUGAAAUUCUCUUGCUUCACCCCAAACUCUUUUUGCCAUUUAUGAGAACAAAAUUUGGAGGUGAGAUUCUCGUGAGAGGGACCGACAAAAACACGUUGUUGGACGCUGCUCUGUCACUCAAAGUUG